AUGGGAAGCAGCUACAACCUUAGGCCAGAGCUCCUGGUGGUGAAAGCACCGAAGAUACAGGCGACCAGAGGCCGCAGCGUGCCAAGACGAUUAGCGACCAGACCGAUGGCAUUCCUCUCGUAACCAAGGCAACCAGCUACUAUCUCUAGAUGCUCGGACUGGCACGGCAAGCGCCGCGGCUAAACCCGCCGCGGCUAAACCCGCCGCACGUGUGCUGCUAAGAGCGGCAAGACGAGCUUCUACCCGUAGCGCAUGGACAAGAGAGAGCGACAUGCCGGCAGCAGUUUCUGCUUAGGUGGAGACAGCCAUGAGCGGGCUCGGUACUGUCAUGUUUUCGAAGGUUCUAGGGCCAGGCAAGCACGGCAUUCCCGUGUCGGAGGGCGAGACCAUGCAGAGCGUGAGCUUCGACCAGAUCGACUGAUGCAAGCGCACCGCCACAUAGUCCAGAUACUCGAGCAGUGCGUCCUCGCGGAUGUCAUCAAGACAAGGAUGGGCACUCCAGGCCACCCUUCGCCAACGAGAGUGACCCCGACCACGACGCUAUACCGCACCUUCCUGGUGUGCCACGUUUUUUUCCAUAAGGCGUUGCUGGGAAGUAUGGCGGCGGCGACCAAACGUUGGACGUCAUCCGCGACAUGUUCUAGGAGAGCUUCGUGCAGAUCGGCUUAGAAUACGCAUGGGCGAUCCCCUCCGCCGAGAGUAUUGAUCAGGACGACGAUGUUAAACGCUACCUCAAGCCGUGCUUAUUCGAGGACGAGGCCUGGAGGUGGCGAAGGUCACCACGGGGUGGAUGAAGAUGGGGGCGGAGGGGAAGCUAAGGAUGGAAACGGAGAUGGCUCUUCAUCUCCGACCCAGAUAAGCGAUGUUCCUGGCGACGACGCUGGCCCGAAAGCCUCGGCGAACGCCUGAACCGUGUUGACAAGGUGCAGUCGCCGGGAUCUCCGCUUCAACGCCGUUCGACGCGUUUCCCCGGUCCUCUCUUCCACAACGGGCCGGAGUGUUGAAAAAGAAGGCGGAAGAAUUUCCUCCCCGUUUGCAAUGGCUCAUGUUUGCGUUUGAAUGAAGAAUGCUGAAAAGUGCUCAGUGCUCUCGGGCAGGGUUUUUUACCGUGUCUGCAAGUGCGUCUGGAAUCUGUCGCUGCGGCGGCCUCUUGCCCUCAGUCUUCGCCGCCAUGCUUCUUUCUUGUCCCUCGUGGGGAAGGCCAUCUUGGAAGUGUUUUUUUGUGGUGUUCGGAGGGUA